AUGCCUGUCUUUUUAACCUUAGAAGCUACCUUUGCCUUCCAAAUACACUUUGCCAGAGGUAGAUUAGGGGAUCAUGAAGUGUGGGUGUUCAUGACCCAUCGAGGAAAAGGUUGGGGUCUUAGAACACUUCAGGAUUUGCCUAAAGGAUCCUUCGUCUGUGAAUAUGUUGGGGAAAUACUGACCAACACGGAGUUGUAUGAGCGAAAUAUUCAGAACAGAGGCAGUAACAAACAUACGUAUCCUGUUACACUUGAUGCAGACUGGGGCUCAGAGAAAGUGCUGAGGGAUGAAGAAGCAUUGUGUCUUGAUGCAACUUUCAGUGGCAAUGUUGCAAGAUUUAUUAAUCAUAGGUAA